AUGUCCGUUGCAAACAUCAUAAAAGAAUUCUUCUCCUUGAGUGCCCUAGAUUCAAGACUUGAUCCGUCAAAGAGCCAUGAUAAGAAACAACAAGCCAUCAGAAAGGAAGCGAAACCUUCAAAAUGGGGUACUUUAGAGUUCAAGUUUUACUACGUCGUAUUUAUAAUAGCUGUACCAUUGAUGUUCAAAGCAGCAAUGGAUGCUUCUAAUGAGACCAAUCCAAACUACCCGCGAUAUGAACGGUUGUUGAGCAAAGGAUGGAUACUAGGUAGAAAAGUUGAUAAUUCAGAUCAACAGUAUCGAUUCUUUCGAGACAACUUACUACUCCUAAGCUUGCUAGGAGCUAUACACCUAACGUUGAGAAAGGUUUUAACCCCGAUAUUGUCUAUUCGGAAAAGGACCUAUUUCGAUUUAGUUUUUGGAAUCGUUUUCUUAGUUGGUGCUCAUGGAGUCAAUGUGAUCAAGAUAUCCACUCACUUGACAAUUAAUUACGCCAUUGGAAAGUAUAUCAGAAAUAGAAAGGUCGCUAUUUGGACAACUUGGAUAUAUGGAGUAUCAACCUUGUUUUUGAAUGAUUGGUACGGAAUGCACAAGUAUGGUAUCCCCCUUUUAGAUCUGAGUUUCAAAGGUAUUAUUGCUCGUUGGAACGUCUUUUACAAUUUCACCUUACUUCGAAUGAUAUCUUAUAAUCUUGACUAUAUCGAAAGGGAAUAUGCUUUGAGUAAACCUAACGCUAAGGGUGCGUCACUCGUUGAUCUCAAUGAUCGUGAACGAUUAUCCGCCCCCCUACCUUUAGAAGAAUAUAAUGUGUUCAACUACAUUGCAUACAUAUUAUACACUCCACUAUUCAUAGCCGGACCUAUCUUAACCUUCAAUGACUACAUAUAUCAAUCGAAUUACCAACAGGCUUCUUCGGUGAAGGACAAAAAAAGAAUAUUCAUCUACUUCCUUCGUUUUGUCUUUUGUUUGUUGGUUAUGGAAUUCAUUUUACAUUUUAUGUAUGUGGUUGCAGUAUCAAAAACGAAAGCGUGGGAUGGUGACACCCCAUUUCAAAUUUCUAUGUUGGGACUUUUCAACCUCAACAUAAUUUGGUUAAAACUUUUAAUACCUUGGAGAUUAUUUAGACUCUGGAGUUUAUUGGACGGUAUUGACCCUCCUGAAAACAUGAUUCGAUGCAUGGAUAACAAUUUCUCUGCCCUUGCAUUUUGGAGAGCAUGGCAUAGGUCGUUCAACAGAUGGGUCAUCAGAUAUAUAUACGUUCCCAUGGGAGGGGGUGGAAGUUACCGUCUCUUGAACAGUUUGUUGGUAUUUAGUUUUAUUGCAAUUUGGCAUGACAUUGAAUUGAGACUACUCAUGUGGAGUUGGUUGAUUGUUUUGUUUUUGAUUCCCGAGCUUACUGCUAGUAUGUUUUUCAAGAAGUACUAUCAACAGUGGUGGUACAGAUAUUUAUGUGGAUUGGGCGCCGUGUUGAACAUAUGGAUGAUGAUGAUUGCAAAUCUCGUUGGGUUCUGUCUCGGAAAGGACGGAACAAUGCAGUUGAUUCAUGAAAUUUUUAAAUCAGUGCUGGGCAUAUCAUUUUUUAUAGUGUCAUCGUUUACAUUAUUUGUUGGCUCUCAAGUCAUGUUUGAACUAAGAGAAGGCGAGAGAAGAGAAGGAAUUGAUGUGAGAUGUUAG